AUGGACAUCCUCAUCAGGCCACCCGUGAGGUCUCUUCUUCGAUUCAAAUGUGUUUCAAAAUCUUGGAAGAAGUUAAUCUCCGAGUCAUACUUUAAGAUGAAGCAUCUCAGUCAUGCCAAGAAUGACUUAAACUCCCAAAAACUUCUUGUUUGUGAAAGUUUUGCUUCUGGUUUGUUUAACUUCUUUUGUUUUUCUCUAUCGACUGAUCAACUCAUUCGGGAUGCACAAAAUUGCCCUUCAAAAUGCACACCGUUUGGUGGAGCCAAUAUUUAUUCUUGUUGCGAUGGUUUGGUUCUUCUUGGACUUAAUUAUUCAUUUGGUGACCAACUUUUGUUGUGGAACCACUCCACGAGAGAAUCAACAAAACUAGCACUUUCCUAUAAACCAUUUAAACUAGAGUAUACUACUUUUGGAUUUGGAUAUGACGCAAAUAGUGAUGACUAUAAGAUCCUUAAGGUGAACAGGGGUGGUGUAGAACAAGCCCUUGAGAUUCUCAUGCUAAAAAGUCGUUCGUGGAGAAGUAUUUGUAACUUUCCAACUAUUGUAUGCCCUAAGACAGGAUCUCAAAUGGAGAUUCAUCCAUAUUAUCAAGAUUUCACUAUAAGUCCCGUGGUAUUUGUACGUGGAGCAUUUCAUUGGCUAGGUCAUUCGUAUAAUUAUUCUGUGGUUUCAUUUAGUAUUUCAAAUGAGGUGUACAGAGAUAUACCAUUGCUAGAGCAAAUGUAUAGAUUUGACCACAAACAAAGCUCCAAUUAUGGCAUUUCGGUAUUGGGAGGAAUGCUUUGCUUUUAUUCUACUGAUAAUUAUCGUCGAGAUCAGCCCGUUACUUUUCAGUUGUGGGGAAUGAAAGAGUAUGGUGAUGUGGAAUCUUGGACUGAAUUGUUUACAUUACGUGCUUCUGAUUCUUAUAAUAUUACACCGAAAUAUAGGUAUGCAGAUGGCGAUGUGCUACUAAGGUGUAGCCUUGACUUUCGUAGGCAAAGUUGCUAUGGUCAUGUAUUUAGGACAUCCAAAGGACAAUUAGUUGGAUUAUCUGGGUCUCAAUCUGCAUUCCAGGAAGGAAUUGUUUAUACAUAA